AUGGUGGUUGCAGAGUUCAGAGGUGCAGACGCAAGUCAGAAGCCGAGACGAAUUCGGUCAAUGCGUUCCGCGAAAGCACGUGCCGAAGGGAAUUCUGUGAUUGCUCAUUCGCCAUUCUUUGGCUAUUUCACAAGCUAUAGUAAAGCAAAUCCGCCGAAACUCGGUGUCGCAUCCAAGAUCUUCAGCGGAACAGCCAACGGCGCUCAGAAAGGGAUAUCAUCUAGUGUGGUCAUCAUUGUGGUUGUGGGAAUGAGACGAGACGCUUAG